AUGGCGACUGAGGCGCUGAAUGAAGGGGAGGUGCCAGCUCGCGAAUCCGGGCGGAGUGAUGCCAUCUGCAAUUUUGUUAUCUGCAAUGACUCUUCCCUGCGAGGCCAGCCCAUUAUCUUCAAUCCUGACUUUUUUGUCGAAAAACUCCGUCAUGAGAAACCUGAGGUGUUCACUGAGCUGGUGGUCAGCAAUAUCACAAGGCUCAUUGAUUUACCUGGAACGGAACUGGCUCAGCUGAUGGGAGAAGUGGAACUGAAGUUGCCUGGUGGGGCUGGCCCAGCGACAGGAUUCCUCCGGUCUCUAAUGUCUGCCAGGCGGAAGGAAAAAGGAGUAGUAUUUGGAUCUCCACUGACAGAAGAAGGCAUUGCUCAGAUAUACCAGCUAAUUGAAUAUCUACACAAAAACUUACGAGUGGAAGGUUUGUUUAGAAUACCAGGGAAUAGUGUCCGGCAGCAGAUUUUAAGGGAUGCUCUCAAUAAUGGAACUGAUAUUGAUUUGGAAUCAGGGGAGUUUCACUCAAAUGACGUGGCUACCUUGCUGAAGGUGUUUCUAGGAGAGUUACCUGAGCCCCUGCUGACCCAUAAGCAUUUCCAUGCCCACCUCAAAAUUGCUGAUUUGAUGCAGUUUGAUGAUAAAGGAAACAAGACUGAUAGACCAGACAAGGAGCGGCAAAUUGAAGCUCUUCAGUUGCUCUUCCUCAUUCUCCCUCCACCCAAUCGUAACUUGCUGAAGUUAUUGCUCGAUCUCCUGUACCAGACAGCGAAGAAACAAGACAAGAAUAAGAUGUCUGCCUAUAACCUUGCCCUUAUGUUUGCACCCCAUGUCCUGUGGCCCAAAAAUGUCACUGCAAAUGACCUUCAAGAGAAUAUCACGAAGUUAAACAGUGGGAUGGCUUUUAUGAUUAAACACUCCCAGAAACUUUUUAAGGCUCCUGCUUACAUUCGGGAAUGUGCCAGAUUGCACUAUUUGAACUCCAGAACUCAAACAUCAAAGGAUGAUCUUGAUCUGACAACUUCAUGUCAUUCUAAGUCCUUCCAACUGGCAAAAUCUCAGAAACAGAACCGAAUGGAUUCCUGCUCUCCUCAGGUGACCCAGCAGCGGACGGAAGAGGCACUGAGAGAGCUGUUCCAGCACGUUCACAAUAUGCCUGAAUCAGCAAAGAAGAAGCAGCUUAUCAGACAGUUUAAUAAGCAAUCUGUGACCCUAACACCAGGGCAAGAACCUUCUACUCCCCGGGUCCAGAAGAGGGCCCGUUCACGCUCCUUCAGCGGCCUUAUCAAGCGGAAGGUUUUAGGAAGUCAGAUGAUGUCAGAAAGGAAGAACAAGGCCCCUACGCCGGAAUCUCCAACCAUUGGUGACUUGAAGAGAGCCAGCAAAGAGAAUAUGAAGUUAUUUUCUGGAUCUCCAGAUGGCACGGUGACACCAACAAGAUUGAAAUGGCCAGAGGGGAAGAAAGAGGGGAAAAAAGGAUUCCUCUGA